AUGUUCGGCCGGAGAAGACGCACACCAUUCCUCACUGCCGCUGUUCUUGCUGGAACCGCCACUGCAGCCUCAAGACAUGGCGCCAGGAAACAGUCUGAGAUGGAGUCCCAGAGGCAGUUUCAGAUGGAGCAGGAGGCAGAGUUCAGAAGGAGCCAAGACGACCGAGAACGGGUGCGAAACCAAGAAGCCAUCGAUAGGGCCGUGAACGAAGCUCUGGCUAAGCAGCAGGCCAACCAGACAAACCAAGGCAACCAGCAGUUUUCUUCUCCUCCUCCAGUCUUAAUGCAACCGGGUGGUGGCCCGCCUCCUAACUAUAUGGCCGGCGACGAAUACAUGACUGGACCUAACCCUUACCUCCAACCCGGAGCUGUGCCUCCGCGACCUCGAAGCACUUCGGCGGCCGACUCUGGCAUAUUAUUCUGCUCGGGAUGUGGAGGCAAGUGUGGCCUUCAAGACAGGUUCUGUAGUCGAUGCGGUCGAUCUCUUGCGGCCGUUGCGUACGACCAGCCCGAGAAGCAGGCAAUGUGA